CAGAUUCAAUUCAGGCCUCGCAAAGCAGAGUCUGAAGGAGGAGAUUCUGGACAAGGAAGUUCAAGAGGAGGUGUUCAUGUAUCUGUUCUUGGAGUUUCAGAUCAAGGUAAGGUUACCAGUGUUCUCCAGAAGAUUGGCGCAGAUCCAAAGCCCAAUAAGCCAAAGAAUAAACCAAAGACUGCACAGAGUCCUGUAACUCCUACAACUGAAGAUUCCAGUCCCUCAAAACCUGAAGAGGAAAUGACUGCAUCAGUGACCAAGGGAAGCACACAAGCUGCAAAUCAUGCAGGUAACCAAGACAAUAAAAACUCAACUGCCACAGCAGUAACAGAAGGAGAACCCAAAGUAGAAGAAAACUCAAAUAGCACAUCAAAUAACCAAGAAACUACAAUUAGUGCUGAGGCAACAGUGUCAGAGGAAGGCCAAGUGCAAGAAACAUGUGUAACAGAGCCAGGAAACGAACCAGAGGAAGACACAAGUGUAACUGAGCCAGACAAUAAAGAGGAGGAAGACACAAGUGUAACAGAGCCAGAAAAUAAACAGCAGGAAGACACAAGUGUAACAGAGCCAGAAAUUAAACAAGAAGAAGAAGCAAGAGUAACAGAGCCAGAAAUUAAACAAGAAGAAGAAGCA